AUGAAUUUUGAUUUCAGAAAAUUUUGUAAAACAUUUUUAUUUGGUCAGUUUUUAUCACUUUUAUUAUGUGGUACUGGUGUUACUAGUGGACUUUUACAAAAGCAUGGUCUCAAUACUCCAACAGCUCAGUGUUUUUUAAACUAUAUUUUAUUAAGUGUUGUAUAUAGCAGCUAUCUGGCGUGUCGUAAAGAAACUGAGAGACCAUUAAUGUAUAUAAUUAAAACACAGGGAUGGAAGUACUUUCUUUUAGCCCUGGUUGAUGUUGAAGCAAAUUUUUUAGUUGUCAAGGCAUAUAGUUAUACCACAGUUACUAGUGUACAAGUUUUAGAUAGUUUUACCAUACCGUCUGUCAUGAUAUUAUCUUUUAUAUUUCUACGUGUUAAAUAUGGUUUGUUUCACAUAAGUGGUGCUGUUAUCUGCUUAUUUGGAAUUGGAGGGUUGAUUUUAUCUGAUGUUUUAACUAAAAACCAGACUAAUAAUUCACAACAUGAUCAAAUGGUAUUAGGUGAUAUUUUAUGUAUUUGUGGUGCUGUGUUGUAUAGUAUAUCUAAUGUAGGAGAGGAAUAUAUUGUUAAAAAGUAUGCUCGAACAGAGUUUUUAGGCAUGGUUGGAUUAUUUGGUAGUUUUAUUAGUGGUAUACAAGUAAUUAUUGUUGAAAGAAAUGGUUUUAAUGAUGUUGACUUCUGGACAGUUGAAAUAUUAUUACCAUGGUUACUGUAUACUGUCUGUUUAUUUUUACUCUAUUCCUGUAUGACUAUUGGUAUACAAUAUACAAGUGCCACUGCUAUGAACUUAGCAAUCCUUUCAGCUGAUUUUUACGCUCUUUUAGUUGGAGUAUUUGUGUUUAAUUAUACAUUCCAUGUUCUAUAUUUCGUUGCGAUGGCAGUAAUUAUUGGUGGAAUAAUAUUAUACUCAUUGAAACCUACAGAAAGUCGUGAUCCCCUUCCAGUUGCUGAUGAGGAUAAUAGCUGA